CCGCGGCGUCUCUCUCCUCUGUCCUCGGCUGCCCCCGUGCGUGUUUCUUGGGACUACGACCUGCUGGCCCUCCUGGCCUGCUCCCUCCACACAGCAACGAGAGAAACGAGAGCCCGGGGCAGCAGCAGGAGGAGGCGUGAAAUGUAAGCAAGCGGAGGGACACGCCGAGCUGAAGCCGCAGAGACGCUGUCGUCAACUCCAACUCCAACUCCACUCCGAGGAGAGAAGAGAGUGAGGUAGUAGCUGUAGCAGGCAGAGCGCCAGAGCAUUUCCGGCCCGUCCGCCAUGAAGUUCAUGAAGCUUGGCUCCAAGCCGGACGCCUUCCAGACCGACGGCAGCGACGCCAGAUAUGUGCUGUCAGACCUUCCGUCAGAUAUCGUCAUCCAUGUUGAGGAUGCAAGGUUCUAUCUGCACAAGUUCCCUCUUCUUUGCAAGAGUAGUCUGUUACAAAGGCUGAUAAUAGAGGCUAGUCAGAAUGGCACUGAUGAAGUUGUCAUACAAGACAUUCCUGGUGGUGUGAAAACCUUUGAGAUCUGUGCAAAGUUCUGCUACGGCAUGGUGGUGACCCUCAACGCAUACAAUGUAGUCGCCGCAAGGUGUGCGGCAGAGUACCUUGGGAUGACCGAGGAUGUUGAGAAGAGCAACCUGAUAUUUAAGAUUGAGGUGUUCCUGAAUUCUGGCAUCUUCAGGAGCUGGAAGGACUCAAUCAUAGCACUACAGACCACCGAUGCAUUAUUGCCAUGGUCAGAGGAGCUUAAGUUGGUCGGCAGAUGCAUAGAUUCCAUUGCUACCAAAGCUACCGUUAAUCCAUCAAACGUUAUGUGGUCAUACACCUACAACAGGAAAUCUGCAUCCUCUGAUGAGAUAGUUGAAGCUCGCAAAAGCUCGCAGGCGGUUCCUAAGGAUUGGUGGGUUGAAGAUCUGUGUGAACUUGAUGUGGACCUCUAUAGGCGUGUCAUGGUUGCAGUUAAGUCAAGGGGGAGGAUCCCCUCUGAUGUCGUCGGAGAAGCGCUGAAGGCAUAUGCUGCUAGAUGGCUUCCUGAAUGUUGUGACAUGCUGGCAGAGGACGCCUACUCUGAAGCAUACAAGCAUCUGCUUGAAACCAUCGUCUGGCUUUUGCCCUCGGACAAGGGAUCUUCAGGGAUCUCAUGCUGUUUCUUCCUGAAGCUGCUGAAAGUCACUGUCCUAAUUGGUGCUGGAGAGCUCCUGAAGGAAGAACUCGUGGACAGGAUUGUGUUGCAGCUCCACAAGGCUUCAGUCAAUGAUCUUCUGAUCCCUUCCAAGCCUCCUGCACAGACCGUUUAUGAUGUUCAGCUAGUUCAGACACUCAUCAGCAGGUACAUGAGCCACGCCGGGGUAGCUCAAGAUGGGAUUUUCCUCAACAACCUUGACCAGGAGAUGUUUGAGACGAAUGUGGACAGUGAAUCUUUGCUAGCACUGUGCAAGCUGGUGGACAGGUACAUAGCUGAAGUUGCCUCUGAUCCAAAUCUGUCCGUUUCAAGCUUCGUGGAUUUGGUGACUUCCAUGCCUGAAACAGCCAGACCAACACAUGAUGGAUUGUACACUGCUAUUGACGUAUUUCUGAAGUUGCAUCCCGGGCUACCCAAGAUGGAGAAGAGGAAGAUCUCGAGCCUGAUGGACGUAAAGAAGCUGUCCAAGGGGGCAUGCAUCCACGCGGCGCAGAACGACCGUCUCCCGCUGAGGGUGGUGGUCCAGGUGCUCUUCUUCGAGCAGCUGCGUGCCGCGGGAGCCGCCGCCGCCGCCACGCCCAACGUCAGCGUGGCGCGGUGCAUGGCGCGCCUGGCGGAGGAGGAAGAGGAGGACGACCACGAGCACUGGAAGGAGGGCCGUGCGCUGCCGGAGCCCCCGACCCCUGGCGCGCUGAAGAGGCAGCUGGGGAGCCUGAAGCUGGGCGGUGACGGCGACGACGGGCGGCGCCUGGUGGCGCGGAGCAGUAGCGUGGCCAACCAAAGCAGCCGGCUGUCGCUGUCGUCGCGGUCACGGAGGAUCUUCGACAGGCUGUGGGUCGGCGGCAGCGCGAAGCUGCCUGGGGAGGCCGCCGCCACAGCCGCCGUGGGCAAGGGGUCGUCGGACACGUCCGGGAGCUCGCAGAGCCCGCGGUCGUCGGCGAAGCCACUGGAGUCCAAGUCGUCCAGCUCGUCGUCGAGGAACCGGCGGUACUCGGUCUCGUAGGCAGUAGGCCGGGGCCGGCGGCGUAGGCUGUACAGAGGAAGGAGGAGCCUGGUCCAAGCCCAAUCGUGAAGGUUGGCGAGCUGCUGCUAACUUUCAGAGUCAGUGUUGAUCACAAAGUGCUGCAGUAUGGCAUGGAGCUAGAGAUCUUUGUUCGGUCAGUGUCAGUCUAGCUGCUCUGAUUUUGGGAUAUAAUCCCUGGUUUCUGUAACAGACUUGGCAACUAUGCUUGACUCGAAUACUCGAUGAACAGGGCAAUCCUUUUUGGCGGCUCUGUUUGACGGCCAAACCACUCA